AGGAGGGAGCGGAGGGAGCCGGGCGCAGCGCAACGCAGCCGGGCGGCGAGGGGAGGGGGCCACGGCCUUGGGCGGGGGUUCAUGAGCCCCUCCGGGCUGGGCGAGGGCUCCAUGUCCCUGUCACUCUGAAGGGCGAGGCCUGCCUUCCUUCCUUCCUUCCUUCCGGGGCCUGCUACCGCGCUCUGGCCGGUGGGCGGGGGGAAGAUGGCCCCUCACCCGCAGUAGGCUGAGCGACUCCCCGCUCGGGUUGGCCUCCCUGCCAUUGGAAAGGACUAUGACUUCUUCUGCCUUCGAGGACAAGGAGCUCGAGGAGAGGCUGAGGGAAGCCGCCGCUUUGGGGGACCUGGAGGAAGUCCAGCGGUUGCUGGCGUCUGGGGUGGAUGUCAACUCCCAGAAUGAAAUCAACGGCUGGACUUGCUUGCACUGGGCCUGCAAGCGGAACCAUGUCCAAGUGGUGUCCUGCCUACUUGAUGCUGGUGCUGAUAAAGACAUUCUCACAGUUAAAGAAGAAAAACCAGCUCAGCUAACAUCCAAGAGGGAGAUUAGAAAGAUGCUGGGAGUGGAAGAUGUUGAUGAGAUUCCAGACGUGAAGAAAGAUUCUAUCUUGCCUAUUAUACCCAAUUACUUAGCUAACCCACCAUUCCCUUAUGUUUAUAACUCCACAAGUAGCAGCACUACUAGCACCUCGGCUUCCUCUCUGAAUGGAAGACUUUCUCCUCCUUUAGAACAGCAUGAGAACUGUCCUGUUUCUUUACCUCAAAAUCAGGUGCCUGGCGCUGCCAAGGUACAUGAGAGCCACUUGGUCCCCGUGGGGCCUGAUGGGGAUGUAACAAAAGUCAUGGGUCUAGAAUGCCCAGAGCCUGUGCUCCAGAAUGGUCAUGUUUGCCAGAUGCCUGUUCCUCCCGCUAGGACAAUCUCUUCCCCAGCUGCAUCUACUAAACAGCUGGAAACUCAGCAACCUCAUGGCUCCGGUGCAGGACCUGUUCCAACAUUUCAGCCCUUUUUCUUUACUGGAGCAUUUCCGUUUAGCAAUAUGCAAGAACUGGUUCUCAAGGUCAGAAUUCAAAAUCGUACUCUCAAAGAGAAUGACUUCAUUGAAAUUGAAUUGGACCGACAAGAACUGACUUACCAAGAACUCCUCAGAGUGAGCUGCUGUGAACUGGGGGUUCACCCAGAACAUGUGGAAAAAAUAAGGAAGCUUCCAAAUACUGUAUUAAGAAAGGACAAAGAUGUCUCGAGGCUUCAAGAUUUCCAGGAAUUGGAGCUUGUUCUAAUGAUGAGUGAAAAUGAAUUCCUGUUCAGAAAUGCUGCACCGCCGUUGACUGAAAGGCCUUGUUAUAAUAAGAAAGCAUCCAAACUGACUUACUAAUUGUUGUCACAAUAAUACCUUCUCCAAUAUGUAACUAUUAAACCUAGGAUUUUGUAAGGGCUGUACACCUUAAAUUCUACGUUACUUGGAAAAUAGCAUUAACCUAUUGAGCAUACUUACUUGGAAGCAAGUUCAUCUGCAAGCAGCUGGAAAUGUUUUUAGUUGAUUGCACUUCACAUAAGGAUGUCAUAUUUGAAGUGUCUGCCAUUAAUCUUUGAAUGAACUGGCAGUCAGAUAAUGUUCUGGGGUAGAAUACUAAGCAGUGACAGAAGAUUGCCUCAUGUCACGCAGCCGUGAUUCUUGUAAGGGAAUGAUGUCUUCCCAGAAUGCUGCCGAGUUAGAAGUCUCAGGGAAAGACUUAAAUUGUUCUAAUAAUUGCUACUGACUAAAAAGAACAGGGACAGUUAUGUUGGAAGACAGAACCUGGGAUGCAUGUAAAGCUUCUAAUUGGAUGCUUAAUAUGCAGAAACCCCCAAAAUGUUGAACUAGAGUUAAAUGAGCAAGAUGUGAGUGGAAUAAGCUAUUUUUACAGGGAAGGGAGAGAGUAAGGACUCGUAUACAAUAGUUGCUUUGGUGUAGAGUAGUAAGGGAAUUCUGAGUUACGCUAACAGACCAUCCUUUUGGGAAGAGCCUUUUAUAUAUGUGUGUAACUGGGAUUUAUUUCUCCACAUUUCCACGUGAGGAGGACCAGGCCGGAUUGGCAGGGUUGUUAUAGGUAGGGAUGUGUCAAGAGUGCAUCCUGGCCUUGACCCUAUUGGAACAAGUCAUGUCUCUCAAAAGUACAUAGUGGCAAGGCAAAAUUGGGGGGAGGGGAGAGGGAGGAAGAUACUUGGGAUGACAACUUCCAGAAUCCUCCAUCUGGCAUAGCCAGUGGUCAUACUGGCUUGGGGAAUCUCGGAGUUGCAGUCCAAAAAGUAACUUUCCUAAAUGCUCAGCACAGAAUGCUGGACAUGUCAGUUCCAGCUACACUCAGUCUUUUUAGAAGCACAUCUUGAAUUGCUGACAUAAGCACAACCUUUAUAUUUGGCUGGUUUAAAAAAUAAUUUACCCAAGUGGAUAAACUAGCUGUGAUUCUUCAGAAUGGUGCUCAAAUAUUUGAAUCUACUAUAUUAAUAGAAACGGUAACUAUAGUGUUGAUCAAAAACACUUAGGAUAUGUAUAUGUAUGUCUAACUUAUGAACUGCUUGUCAGUAAACAGUAUCGAAUGAUUGGCAGUAUCUGGUGGUGUUGAGGUAUUUUUAUGUUUUUGCUUUUUGUUUCAAUUUAUUAAGGGGUUUCCCAAAGGGUGAUAGGAUGGUAACUGGUCAGGACAGCCUGAAGCCACCCAUGGACUGAGCACAAUUCUCCUCAGCCUUUAUUCCAGAGUGGGAAUUGGACAGCCCUCCAGAUGUUGUUGGACCACAACUCCCAGCACUCUUCACAGUUGGCUGUCCGGAUGGACUUGCAAUCCAACAAUAUUUUGAUUGCUGAUUGAAUCUCUUACCCCUGCCCUACCUUGUAUGUUAUCUCUUCUCCAGUUUUGAAACCAUUUCCUAUUUAGGGAAAAAUAAUAUCACUUUUUAAAAAGCAGGAGUACUUUUAGUACCAAGAUAAUUAAGCUAACAUCUUGAAAUUUCUAUGCACUUUUGACAGACUUGUUUGCAUUUCUUAUAAGCAUGUCCAGCUUUUAAUCUUUUUUAGUUCAAGUUUACAUAAAUAAUCUGCUGUCGGGUCAUAGAGUAAACAUUCUGGAAAAGCAUGGAAUGUAAUAACAUUUUGAAAUAAUUAGUGGUUUAUAUAAUUUUAGCAUUCUGUAUACUAGUUGAAGAAGUUGUUUACUUUAAUUACAGUCUGAUGGACUACUGCUAGGAAACCUGGAAUGAACAUAAAAAAGUAUUCAGUGGCUAAUGUGGGUGUCUACCUGUCAGUGUUUUUAACCUGCAGUUUUGGACAAAGCAUUGUGAUCCUAGUUCUGGGCCAGAACUUUUUGAAUAACAUGUUAUUUCCCACAGCCAUCCCCACAGACUUAAGGUGGAUUUUGAUGCAGCAUUUGCGCCCAUAGGAAUACUUUUGGGACACAUCUUGUGGAAAGCCAUUUGCCAGAACUGCUGCUCCUUGUGAACUUUAUGAGGAAAGGUCUGUGAUCAGAAUAAGGAUAUGAAUGAUAUUUAUUAGUAUUCAUAUCUUCAAUGAAAACAAGUAUAUCCAAGCACACAAGGAAAGGAGAUCAGUAACAUGACUCUUGGCACUUUAGGACUUUGGGGAAAUUCAUUUGCACAAAAUACGUAUGCUGUGUAUAUGCAUACACAUGUGCAGAAAAUGGAUAGAAUGAGUAAGUUUUUGUAAAUAGUAUACAUUUACUCAAAUUGUGCAAAUAUUUUCUGCAUAGGGACAGAAAAUGUGUUUUUUUCUGCACAAUGAUCAGUGCAUUCUAUGCAAAGUCCAGUUUUUGCACAAAACACUUCCUUUUCACAGAAAUUACAUGCAUGGUAUUUGUGCAAAAAUCCUAUGUGUUUUUGUACAAAUGAAUUUCCCCGAAGCCUCAAAAUAUGAAGUGUCAGAAAAUUGCAUUAACAUUCUCAUGUUUGCACAGAACAGGAAGAAAAUAGCCUAUUAUACGUUCUUGGCAAUGGUAAUGAAAUACAGAUUUAAAUCUUUCGGCUAGAAUACUGUUUUUAUCCUGUUUCUGCUAACUGAUGAAUGGUCUAGGGAGGCAAUUUCAUCCAUCACAGUUGGGACUAAUAUAUAGCAGCUGUCUACACAGUCUAUCCAAAGAUUGGAAUCUUCAAGGACUGAAAGGGGCUGAGAAACUAUUCCCAGUUGGGGGUGCUCACCAUUUUUAUUUGUCUCCCUCUUCUCUCUGGUGCUUGAGCAAUCAGAGUAGGGAGAAGGAAGCCUCUAGUACUGGAUUUCUGCAUUAAGUUAAGGUGUGUACAUCUGUCAUUCUGUUAUCUGUAACUAUUGCUCCCAUGACUACUGCUCCUCAGAGUGGCUCACUGGCAAAACAGGUCAGUGGCCAUGAUCCUCUAGAACAGUGGUUCUCAACCUGGGGUCCCCAGAUGUUUUUGGCCCAAAACUCCCAGAAAUUCCAGCCAGUUUACCAGCUGUUAGGAUUUCUGGGAGUUGAAGGCCAAAGACAUCUGGGGACCCCAGGUUGAGAACCACUGCUCUAGAAUUUAUUUAUCCAAACAAACCUAUGGAGGCAGACUUUAUUAUAUUCUUUCCUAUCAUUUUUAGACUCUGUAAAGGACAGAAUGAAAAGGAAUACUAGUCUGUACAUUUGAAUUCCAAUAUCAUCUUGUGCUAUUUAGCAAUGUUUGCCUAGUUCUAGCAGUAUUUUAGCCCGAUUCUCCUCUCAUAUGUAGUUUCCAGAUAUGUUAACACUCAAACGUUAACUACUCAAAUAGUAUUGUUUUGACAAGUAGAUUUUGUAUCAAAUGUCAGUUAGUGUCAGUGACUCAUCCUAUUGCUUGUCCCCAUUUGGAUAGUGCUUGAAAAUUGUACUGAAGAAUUACUGUGAUUAAUUAACUGCAGAAUGCUAAGCUCUGUCUUUAAAAUUUGAGCUGUAGUUUCAUGGAAGAGAGUUCAGAGCUGACAACAUAGUUAUGAACAAUCACUCUAUGUUCAGGCAAUAUAUUUGAAAUUAGCAUCUAAAUAACACAUGAAUUAUUAGUAUUAUGAAAAUAUUUGCAUUGAUACUAUAAGUAUUUAAAUGGUUUAUAACCUAAAGAUAAAGUAAAAGUGUUGAAAUAAGAUACUUUGUUUCAAAAGUUAAGAAGUAGCAAAAUUGUAAGUGAUCGGACUCAUCACAGAUGCCAUAGUUAAACAGUAGGAGUAUCAUUGUUAUCCGUGGUGACUGGAAAUCACAGAAGACACCAAGUGAUUUGCGACAAUCCAAGAUAGUCAGGGUAUAUGACCGAAAUCAUGCUCACAGCUCCUUGUUUAUGUAGACAGAGGAUACUGAUAGAUAAUCUAACAAUCUCUUGAUUUUGCCACCAAUUUCUUAAAUUAGAUGGUUGUCUUUUGUCACUUGACUUCAUAGAACUAAGAUAGCUAUCUUCCUGGUACAGAGCGUAGUACACUGACAUGUCUAAUGCCCUAAGAUUUGACUUUUAAGUUUUGUACUUUAGUAUAGGGCUUAAAAUAUGCAUAAUGAAACAGGAGCAGUCUGUGACAGCACAUUCGUUUUGUGGUGCUGGAUAAUUGUGUCACUAUAAGACUCCAUAUGAGGAUUAAUUUAAUUCCCAUGUAAGCAACUCGUAGCCCAGAAGCUCCAUGUAGCGCAAUCUUUUCUGCCUCUGAAUUGAUAAGAUAUUGUCUGGGCAGAAGUAAACUCCUCUGGGCACAGUUAAAGUCGUCCCCCCCCCCCCCAUCAGUCAUACUGAUGUAAGUACUUCUGCAACAGGUGCAAAACAAAGCGUCCCUAUUCCACCCUAACAAUCUUGAUCAGGAUUUGGGGUGGAGGGGAGAGUUAAAGUCUGAUCAGAAUUGCUGGAGGGUUGAGGGAAAAUGCUAACUGAUUACAGAUGAAAAUAUGAAAAUAUUGCCACUGUCCUUAUUCCUGGAACAAAAGUUUGGCUGUUUUUUGCUUAGGGUUGAUAAGGUUCAGGACUGGCUCUUGGAAAAUGCAUCUGUUUUCUGUUUUUGCAACACACUCAAGUGUGUGUCUAAAUUAAGUGUACUGUAUAUUGUCAGUUGCCCUAUGAGGGACUGAAUGGAAACAGGAUUUUUGCUAUAAUAUUUGUGUUAGAAAUUCCAGUACCUUUGAGGACAAACUCUUAAAGGAGGGAAGCUGUAAUUGAGCACAGAUUCAGUGGUUCGCUCCAUGUUCGACCGCAAUUGAAAUAUUUCUGGAUUCUCAUUCAGACAUAGAUAUCUGCAAGAAUCCAAAAAUGUGGAGAAACAGAUGUGAUCUGUUGAUUAGCCAUAAUAUUAAUGAACAAACUACAGGUCUGUUGAUCACACUGCACAGUUGCUGGCAUCUUUCUAUGCACUCAGAGGAAUAUUUUUAUAUUGUAUAACUUAUGCAAUUUAUAACAGAGGAUUUUAUUAGCUUUGCUAACCAAAUUAUUAACCUAAUAACAACUGUGUAGUUCUUUCUAAUAUCAGUGGAUCUAAAGGAUUCACAACAUCCUGCAUUACUACAUAAAUAAAAUGGUGAAAAUGAAGAAUUAACCAAAUGAUCCAAGUCUAUGAUACUUGUUUCCAAUGUGUUUUACCCUUUUUACAAUUAAUAAAAUGUUGUUGCCUUUAAA